AUGGCGGCCACGUACAAGCAGUUCCUGGCGUCUCCCAGCUCGUCGCUGCUGGCGGACAAGGCCUCGCUGCACUAUGUCACCACCUUGACGUCCUUUGUCGGCGCCACCGAGAUCAUCAAGCACCUCAACACCCUGCAGAAGCAGGUCAAGAAGAAGAAGGAAGACGUGAUCAACCUGAUCGAUGGCCAGAGCACCAUCGCCGUCGAGGUCGACACCUGCCUCGAGUUCGUCACCAGCGGCGGCGCAUACCUGCCUGGUCUUGACGACAACUUCAUCACCGAUCGAGAGGCCUUUUUGCCCAUUAUGCACAUCGUGUCCUUUGAUGACGACGGCAAAAUCGUCCAGAUCCGCCAGCAGUGGGACCAAGGCUCGCUUCUCAAGCAGAUGGAGGUCAUUGGCAAGAGUGGCCGCAACUGGCCCAUCAAGGACGGCAAGGAGCAGCUGAGCCUGAUCCAGUCCUGUGUCAAGUCGCCCGGCGUCGUCGCCGCCCAGGCGCAGGCUGAGCCUCAAAACGGCAACGGCCACAACACCAAGUCGCGAAACAGCUCGACCAACAUCAUGCGAGACCCGCAUGCGUCCCUGCACCUCUUUGGUUCGCGCGAGGAGAAGGAGAACUCGGAGCCUGUAGGCGUCGUCUCUCCCUAUGCCGGCUCCAAGCCCAAGCAGCGCGCCUUUACCGACAUUUUGGCCGACGAACCCCAGCACUGGGAUGACAACACGAGGCGCUCCAUGUCCCCCCACAAGGCCAACGCCGGCAAGAACGUCCAGCCCAUUCGCAUCUUCGAGGGACAGCAGCACCCCGAGGAUGAUUCCGACGAUGGGGAGAAGCCCCAGAAGUACAUCCGCGCCCACCCGGCCAAAUACCAGCACUUUGCUCUGGGCGACGGGUCCGAAGAGAGCGAGGAUGCCCAGCCCGCCCCGGCACAGCAGCAGCAGCCCCGUGCUCCGAGACCCAAGUCUAAGCACGACAGCACGUGGUCCUUCGACGACUUCACCACCCCUGUCAAGGCCAAGCCCGGCCGUGGACAAGGAACCAACCCUGACGCGCGUAACUGGGAUGCAGGCGAGAUGCAGGCGGAGACUGUCAAGGCCCCGGCUGGCAAGCCGCGACGCGAUGCUGAGACCCAUUUCGAGUUGCAGGACGACGGCGAGCUGCCCCCAGGAGAGCGACGCAUUGCCAUCCGGACGCGGAGUGCCGUGCACAACGAGAGCCAGAGCAUCUACAAGAACAACCUCUUUGAGCGAGAGCCCGAGGAGGCGCCCAAUGCCGGCCGAGCCCUGGGCAACAUCACCAAUGUAAGCAAGGACCGCGGCAAGGACUUUGACCCCCACUUCACCAUGACGGACGACUCGCCCGCUCCCGGUCCGGAGCGCCAGCCUGUGCCCGAAGGCCGGCAAAAGGCCGUGACGACCAUGCUUGCGAACUGGACUCUUGCUGACGAAUCGCCCGCCGCGCAGAAGGAAAACCGAGCAGCGCAGCAGCCCGCCAAGGUGCCGCAGCCCGACACCAAGAUCCACAUUGCCGGCGACGGCAUGGGAGGCAAGAAGGGUGCCCAGAGGGACUUUUUGUACGGGGGCGACGACGCCGUCGAGCCGCACAAGCCGCUCAUUGCCAGGAAAGCGACCCACGGCACGCAGAAGAGCAGCUUCUGGGACAUGUAG